AGAGUUAUAAUAAGCAUUAAUGAUUAGUGACCACACACAAGCAUAGUCACACCACAUAGUCACAGACAUAAGUGUAACCAACAUUCAUCCGACCUCAAAGCUCACAAAACACAAUCUACAAUGUGCAAACCGAUUGGUUAAAUGGUGAUUUGAAAAUCUCAGCUUCUGCUAUGGGAGAAGAUAGCUGCUAUAACCCUAAAGGCUUCGAGAGGGAAAGUUCUGUAGUGUUUAUAAAAUAGCCCCGUUAUUUACGCGUAAUUACAACUCUGCCCUUUGUUUGUUUGAUGCGUCUGUUAAACCCUAAUUAAGGCUGUCGAGCAGAACAGAGAAAGCUUGUCCGUGUGUUUUUUUGUUGUUGUUCGUAUUCUUCUCCGAAACUCCACAUUUUUUUUUUGAGAAAGUGUUGCGGAAAUGGCUACUCCCAAUCCAUUUCCCGCCGGCAUUAGCAAGGAACAGGCGUUUAGCAUGGCGCAAACGGAGAUGGAAUAUCGAGUGGAACUCUUUAACAAGCUUGCUCAGACAUGCUUUAGUAAAUGCGUGGAUAAAAGGUACAAGGAAGCUGAGUUAAACAUGGGUGAUAACAGUUGCAUUGACCGUUGUGUUUCCAAGUACUGGCAGGUAAAUGGAAUGGUUGGACAGCUUUUAAGUGCUGGCAAGCCUCCCAUGUAAGCCAGUCUAGAGGCAGUGAUAGACCAAAAGCUCAUGUAGAGACCAAAAGAAACUCUGUUCUCUCUUUUUCUAAAGUUAUAAGGCAAUCUUGUUUUUUAAUUGUCAACAAAAUUGCAUCAUAUUGUUCUCUGUGAACCCAUUAUUUCUAAAGGGGUGAACGAAAUAAUCAGUACUUUUACACUGAAAGAGAGAACAGGAGACAUUAGAUCAAUGCUCAACAGCUACAUUGUUCUCGUAUGGAAGUGUCUUAUUAUUUUUUUUCUCUUGGUC